GUAUAUAAAAAGCCGGGACUCGGUUUGGUCUCCCAGUUAUUGUUUUUUCAACCGGCAACGGGCGAAGUCAUUCCAAGGGUGUCAGUUUUUUUUCGGGAUCAAUACUCGGUAGUAUUGGACUGUUUGUCGCUUGACGACACACACACGCGGUGGAGUGUUUGCAUGUUAAUCUUCUUGGAAGACCUUGAAACUAUCGGCAAGAAAAGGUUAAGAAUUCGGCGAUUUGAAUCAAUCUUUCAUGAUCACAGAGUGUCUGAUAGCUAAAUGGUGAAGACUUAGGAAGAGUUACUGGAAUCGAUCAGAAAUUACUCACAAGCUAGUGAACAGUGCUGAUUCCUGGGACGCAAAAUGAUCCGGAUGUUGUUUAUCUUUGCGAUCGCCGCACCCCAGCUCCUGUUCGCAGGCCGGAUUCAACUGGUUAAUUUGACACCGGAGGAAGCUCAAAGGUACAUCACACAGCAAAGUUUGGACUUGCACUACGCGAAGCUUCUCGGCGAACAGCCUUUGGGCUACUUCCGAAACAUUCCGGAUCCGAAAGCGGGCAAGUUUUACCAGAACGGACGAUUGAUUGACAACCCGGAGGAUUAUGUGGAAGAAGCGUACGAAGCUUCACAAUUCCACGGACAGGACGGCUUAGGGCGAGCCAUGUUCGGUUAUACCGACUACAAUCAAGCUCGACUGGAAGCUCGCAACACAAACGGUGAAGUUCGGGGGUCCUACAAGUACAUGGAUCCAUUCGGUCAGGAGAUAGUGGUGCAGUACUGGUCUGACGCUCUGGGUUUUCAUCAGAUCGAUAACCGACCGGAAAUUGUUCUGGAACCGGUCACCGAGACACCAGAAGUUCGCGAAGCCCGAAUCGCCCAUUUGAAGGCUUGGGAGGAAGCAGCAAGCUUGGUUCACUCAGGAAAACCGAUUAACAAUUUAAACCGACCGGUUCAAAAUGGCGUUGAAGAGGAGGAUGACGAAGUAGUGGGUGCUCUUUCGAAUCAACAUCAAAGUCUUGUCCGGUACCCUAGCCUUCCCUACCAGGAUCACAUCUCCCCGGGAACAGGUCCAGCUGCUUCCAACGAUGCCGUUGUUGUUGAGGCACAGCGUAACAUCAAGAAACGUCAGAAUGAAGAAGGUAGUGUUGAAUCUGCUGAUCAGGAACAGAAAGAGGAACCACAUUACGAUCCGAAGGGAUUUUUCUAUAAAUUUGAAUAUCCAGUUUUCAACAUUAUUCAGUCCGAAGCAGCUAGGGCUCGCACGCAGAACCAAAAGGUCAAGCGAUCGAAUCCGGAACCGAAAGUCAACGAUGAAAUUAUUGUCGAAGCAGCACCUAUUGAAGACCCUAAAACAGACAAGAAAUCUACUCCUCAGGAAGCGAGUCCAUUGGAGAAACCAGUGUUUGAAGACACGCGAGUUUCGUUCAAGGCGGUGCAGACCGGAGAACAGCUGAUUGCCGCCGUUCAUGACGUGCAGGUGUCCCCAAAACAGAAGGGUAGCAGCGCUCAGUGAUGGUACUUUCAGCCGAUUUGUUGGAAUAGUAAUUUGGCUUGAAAAUUAUGUGUACAGUGCAAGAGAUCUCUUCCUUCAACAAACGAUUUAUUAAUAAAUAAACAGAAAAGAACGCAAAAACCUGAGCAGCGAAAUUCAAACGAAAGAGAAUAAAAUUUCCAAUAAAAAAUUUGAUUGGCAGACAAUAAAGCAAAACCUGAAAAUGUA